UUCACCCUCAGCAGAGAUCGUUAGAGCUGUCUGUGCUCAGACUCAGAAUCCGUUAAAGACCCGAGUCUGGACUAAAAAAAGAGUCCUUCCACGUCCUGAACUCUGAUCCCGGCUCAAUGCGAGUCGGCGGGUCCGCUCCGGGUCCGGGUCCAUGGCCUGAUCUGAUCCGGUUCCUCCGCAGCUGAAGCCUCCGAGAUGCUCCGAGCUCUCUGCAGCUGCACAAAAACACCGUCACCGAAACCGGCCCGGGGACUCAGCGAUGCUUUUCAGACGGAGAGCCAGGUAACGUUAGCAUGCUAGCGAGACCCGACACAGACCUAAGCCGGGUCUAUGGGGACCUGAGUCGGGUUUUGAGGGACCCGGGUGCAGUGAUUGAGGAGGAGAAAGGCUGUGAUCCUGCAGGGGGAGAAGAGGAGGAGGAGUGGGUGGAGGGCUGGAGGGGCUCCUUCAAAAAGAGGCCUCCAACAUCUAUUCAUGUGUUACAUCAUGAGAUCCACUAUCUUUGCAAUUACGGAUAAAGGCUGACUUUUAUUCUGAAACGCUCUGUGCCUGCUGGUGAUGCAGACUGAGGUGGUGGUGGUGCAGACUGUGGGUGGUGGCUACCGGUCUCUCUGUGUGGAUCAUGCUCUUAUUGUGUGUUCAGAGCAGGGCCGUGACCAGGCUGUCUGAGGGGCAGGGGGAUGAAAACACAAAAGGAGCCCCAACACAAAAAUAUGGAUGCUCUUAUUUUGAAACAGCCUGGUUAAGCUUAAAUCAGAGGCUGGACUGUUAAUGUAAGAUUAUACUGCUGUGUACAAAAAAUGUAUAUGGAAAUUGCUGAUUUUUUAAAUGUUUCUUCAUGUAUCAGCUUCUGACUGUACACUUAAACCACAAAAGGGCCUUAAGAAUUUUGUUUUCUGCACUUGGUGCCCUUGAGCCAUCCAUUACAGACUACAGCGGGGUGACGCAGCUCAAGGAAGAACAUUUAUGAUUAUUUCUUUAUGGAAAUGAUAACAGACCAAGAUGCUAAAGCAGAAGAACUACCGCGUCUGCAGUCCAAAAUAAUCAAUAUGGCGAUUAUUACUUGAAGGAAAUGAUAAAGUGAUGACCAUAAAUGUUCUUCCUUGAGCUGCGUCACCCCGCAGUAGUCCUUAAUGGACUGGCCCAAGGUCUCGCUACAAACAAGCGGCUGCUGAAAGAGAGUAGGUGAGUUGUGUUGAGUCUUUUUGCUAAAGAAAUCAGGCAAAGCUAAAACGAUGUUUGAUGGCUAGUGCUGUGGCUGGGACCCUAUAUGUACUGUUGAUGAAGUUUGGUGCUGUUCUGAGCAUUAUUUGUGGCUAUAGAGUGGCGUUUAGGUUGAUGUUUGUCUAUGGCUCCUCAGACCGAUGUGUAUUGCUAUCGUGCGGUCGUUACUAAAGUUGGUAUAACUAGAGAAGCAAGCAGUCAGCAACAUUCAUCUCAUGAGGGGGUGUCUAACUCGGUGUUAUGGUGUGUUUGACCCUAAAUUAAUUUUACUCUGGAAUAUCCCUUUAAACUGCAGUUAUGGCUACACACUGAUGUGUUUGCAGUGUUGAACUAAAAUCAGUCCUGUGUAAAAGAUGCAGUCAAAACCGUCACAGUGGAAAGAGCGUCUUGUGCGUUACAAUGACGGUUUGGACAUAAAGUUAAAAAAUGAGCAGAUCUUUGAAUAACGGUUCAACCUGCAGAGAGGAAUCAGUUAACCGACACCCCUGUAAUUGUUUCUGCACUUUUCUAUGUGCAUUUGUCUGCUGCGUUGUCUCUUCCCACUGCACCAUCAAAAUGUAACACAGUCCAAUAAGAUGUCAUUUAAAAAGCUCUAAAAUGCUUAGUGUUAGUAGAAGAAAGCAUACUAAUAAAAAAAAACAGGUUAAAGCAGUGAAAUGAUGAAAAUCUUUAGAAAAAUUAAACAGAGAAAUGUGUUUUCUUCUCUAAGAUGAUGGUGCUGAACUCUCCUGAACCCUCAGUGCUUAGGUCUGAAAUCACAGACAUAUCUUACGUCGAGGAAAGGUUUAAAAACGGUGUAUCUCCCUCUGGUCAUCAUCAUUUAUUGUGAUCUCUGUAAGAUUUUAUUGCGAAGGGAUUACAUACCCACUGAGCGGUGUAGCCGAGGACAGAGGGACGUUUUUGAUGAGAUUUCUGUUCAAAAUGUCAUCAAGUAGAGUCUGUUGAUAAACACUUGGAUCUGGUUUCACUCUCAGAGUCCCUUUCCCUCUGGAGAACAGCUGUAUACUGACAGGCCUGCUGCAAAGUGGGCUGGUCUAGACUGGAGAUUUCUGUCUCCUUUAUUAAAGAUUAAUCAAGCUAAACUCCGACUAACGUGUUUUUAUUGUUGUUGUGAAAAUGAUCCCAAAGUCUGAUAUGAGGACUGGCUAAAGAGUCUGCAGUGUUUUUACGUAAAGAGUCUGUUUAGUCCUCGAGCCCGGGAUGUUUACUUAGAAAACAAAUACACACAAAUGUGUGAGGAGAUGUAUUUAUUUAAAACAGUUUUAAACAUUUUUAAGUCAGGAGUAAUUAGAAAGACCAUGAACACGAUUUAAAAUGGGGAAGGCUUGGCCUGAAUGAAAAAGAUCUGAAAUACUGAGUCAAUAAUGAGAUCUUAAACCAGAUUAUGAGUCCACCUUCUGUGAAAGUAAAUCAAAAUUAUCUGGUAAAAAGUCUUGAUAAUAAGAAAAAAGUUCAGAUUAAAAUGGAAAAUGGAGUCAUGAAGAAUGAAGUAAAAAAUGUACAUUAAAAAAAUCAUAAUUUAAAAUGGUUACCCAGGACCCCAAAAAUAAUGACAGAGACAGUCAGUGUUUAGAGAUAAAAUUCUAAUAAUGAGAAAGUUUCAUUAUGAAAUAAGUGAUCGAAAAUGUAAAAUCAGAUAAUGAGAAAUAAAAUCAUUAUAAUGUCAAAACUUUGAGAUAGAAAGUUGAAAUAAUGAGAAAGGCAGUCAAAGAUAUUAGACAGAAGGUUAAAGUAAUAAAGAGAAAAACCAUUAUUGAAAGAUUAAGAGAUGAUUUUAAUCAAAGUUAACAAGAGAAAGAAAGUCUAAUAUCUUUAAAAGUGAAUAUAAUUAGAUAAAAGUUAAAAUUAUAUGAUGUUAUAUAUUUUAUCUUAUGAUUUAGACUUUUUAUGAUCUAAUAGUUUGGAGUAGUUUCUUCCUUUUUUCCCUCUCUCAACUGCUGAAAUGAUCCCGUCCACUGCAGUUUCUUAUUUUUGUAUGAGCUUUGAACUGAAGUAAGUCCCUUGUUGGCUGAAAUGUUAUUGCGGCACAAUUAACCUUUAAUAUGAAGGUUAUACUGUGAUUUAAAAAAACAUCAUGAUGCAGAUUAGUAAAAAGUUUAAAUCCAGGAUUUGUCAGGUCUGUCUGCAGGAGGGCAGGGAACAUCUCCUAAAUGCUGUUUUUUUAUAAUGAGGUUUGGUGAUGCAAUUCUAGGAAAUCAGGACCGAUAGUGUGUCAGCUGUGAGUGAGUUUAUGCUCCAGUUAAAGUUACUGAACUUGCAGAGAUGCAGAGUUUUGCACCAUUGGAAUGACUUUCUGUGUCUUGACUGUAAAAACAUGUCUGCAAUUUAAGAGGAUUUCAGUUUUUGAAGGUUUUUACAUCCCUCUCCUGAUGUCCUCCUCAGCAGAGCUUUAAGAGGACCGGGACAUUUUGAAGGGUGAGGAGCGUCUCAGAGAAACCAGCGCUGUAGCUACUUUGUCUGUUUAAGAGCGCAGUCUGCUCAGAAAUAAGCCCAGAAAAUGUCAGAUCUGGUCUGAAACUGCUCAGGAAUAAAGCCACUCUCCUCUCUAUGCAGGAUGUGCACUGAUGCAUUAUUUUACUGACAUUCAGUCAUUGUGCAGCAUUGGCGCAGUGAUCGGGCCGUGGGCUGCGCCGCAGGCAUGACUGAGCGCGGUGACUGUACACAUGUGACAUCAUAACCUUACAAGAGUCAUUUAAAGAGACAGACUACAAAAAAGGAGAGUUCCUAACUUAAGUCUGAUUGAGCCCUUUGAUACAGAAAAAGCAUUAUCACAGCACACAAGCCUGCUCUCUGCUAAAAAUACUGACAUUUAAAGUGAAUUAAUCCACCCUCUAUGAGCAAUAAUAAAAACAGGCAGGGAGCUAUUCUGAGGCAUGUGGAGGACAGAUCCUUCCUCAAUAUGUACGGCAGCCUGGAGGGCUCAGAGAGCCACCAAAGAUGCUGUUUAAUCAAGAGAGGGGCGACUGCUUUCUAUGAAUUCAUAACAGACGAUGAUUGUUGUUUUAAUGGAGUCUGAUGAUCCGAGAGAGGAGCAGCUCUGGACUCAGUUUCAGAUUAAAUCAAUUAUUAAAAAAGAAAUGAAGUCAAUGUGCCGCAGGGAUCUGUUUGUGCUCUGUGGGUAUUAAAAAAUCAUUCUGUAGUCAUUUCCACAGAUAGUAUUAUAAUUACUGUGAUCUGACCCCUGAUUAUAGGAGGGAAUUACUGGUUUAUUGUUAGUUCAGAGCUGAUUAGUGUUUCUUAAAUGACUGGAUAUUUAAUCUGCAUCUGAAUUUGUGCUGAAUUUAAAAAGCGGCUUCGCUGCCAACAGUGAAAAUUGAUGAGAUGAUGUUUUAUUUUUUUGUUUGCAUGGUUAUAUUUACAACUUCACUAAAGUUUUGGUUGCACAUUUACAUUAAUGCAUCAAAUCUGCAACUUUCAGUAAUUGUCUUUAAGGCCCCUUAUUAUGAAAAAUCCACUUUUGGGUGGUUUUCUACCAAUAAUAUGCAUCCCCUCAAAGCCGACAACCAGCCAACGACAAAAAAUUUAUUCUCUCCUUCUCUUGCUUUCCCCUCCUUUCUGAAAACAUGAGCACAAACAGGCGAAUGGGAAAUCUGUAUGGUUAUGACAACAUAACCGCAUAAGCCCCUCCUACAUGUUGGUGGCAGCGCCCCCAAUAAUCGUUAGCCCAGCCCUCAUCGCUUUGGUACAGCAAUCAUGUCAAAGCUACUCUUGGCUGCACAAACGAAGACAGGAGUCUAUUUCUGCCUCCUUCGUCGGAGGAUUUGAGGACCCAGUGGAUGAAUUUUAUUUUUGAUGGAAAUGUACCCACAACAACUCUGUAAAUGCCGUAUGUGUGUGCGAACCAUUUCACCACGGACUGUUUUACCGACGAGGGGCACUUCUUACUUGCGGGCCUCCCUGUGUGCACAGUCCAACCUCUGCAAAUGAUGUUCAUCUCUCUCUACUGGCUUCUAGUAGCAGCCCACAUUAGAUGUAAACACCCACUUCUUUCCUACAAUACUACAACUAAAUCCUAAUACAAAUUUUUGUGCAUGAUUUCACAUAACUUCUGAGGAAAAUGGCUCUUGUUUUUCGAGGUGAAGGUGAGAGCUCCACCCGCUCCUCUCCAGCUCCACCCUCUCCUCCAUUAAAACUCUCACUUUGGCUCUGAAACAACUCUAAAUGGACCGUUAUUUCCUCUGAGACUGCAGACUUAAAGAUCAGCUUCAUUAACAUCCUCAUUUCUCUCAGUCUAAAUAAAGCUCUUAGUCCUCACGGCUGUCACACAGCAUCAUCUUAAAACCUGGUUUCUGUGUAUUAAUAUGUAGAGAUUAUUAAUUUUAAUGUGAAAUCUCUGCCCACACUCACACCCUGAGCUGACCUGAAAUCCAUGAUAAUCUCUGAGCUGCUUCACAAAACCUUCCGGAGUGUUUCUGCUCAUUUAUUUUAUGCUAAUGAUGAAGAUGUUUCCUAAAUCUUGUUUGUUUUAUGACUCAUCUAACCCCCUCUGUCCCUAUUUCUGUCUCCCCUUUCCUCCCCCGUCCUCCUCACUCCCUCCCUUUGCCUCUCUUCUCUUUUGUUACGACAUCACCCCUCCUUUCCAUUCUCUUCCUCCCUUUUUGUCUCUCUUUUUCCUCCUCAUUCCUUUAUUUUUUCCCUCUUCACUUCAUCAUUUCAUUUAUUUCCAUCUUUCCCCCUCUGUUCUCUCCCCCCGUCCUUCUCCCUCAUCAGGAUGUUGCGAUGGCUGGUGUGUGGUCGGCUGGGUCCGGUCUGGAUGUGGAAAGCUCUGCUGCUCUUCGUGGCCAUCGCAUUUGCCGGCCAGCUGCUGGGAGUCAUCUUCAACAAGAGGUAAUUCAGAAAAUGCUUUAUUUUAUGAACACCAGAGACCUCUCUGGACCUGAGCCCAUUUAAGAUGGACUCAAUUAUGUGAAAUCAAAAUUUAACCUUCUCUUUGGAAAUCAUGAAUGCUGCAUCCUCCUCUCUAAAGAGAAGAGGGACCACCCAGCUUGUUCUCAGCUCCCAAUCCAAAGCCAGUAUCCCUGAUGGUAUGGGGAUCAUCAGAGUCCCUAUCAUGGGUGGGGCUUGGCGAUAAAACGAUGACGAUAUAUAUAUUAAAAAUUAAUUUCCCUCAGUAUCAAUAUAAAACAUGGUCAAUAUCCUUUUCGAUAGUUUCGAUAGUCUGCCAUGUUUUGGUAGACUAUACAAAUAGCCAAUGAAAAGGGGAGUUGCUCCAGGUCCGCUUAGCGCUGAACCAAUCGUGUGCUGAAUUAGAACCAAGUGGCAAACAGCUGCGUGGUAGCAGGCUGCAGCUACACACAACCAUAGCACUUUAACAGGUGAAGCCGACAGGACUGUCAGUGAGAGAAAAGAAAAUUAGUGCUACUCCCGGCAGAAAUGCAGAUGAAGACUCAACAGAUGACGACAUCGUCAACAACACUGGCACGUAAAUGUCGGGGGUGUGGAGGUAUUUUGGUUUUUUGAGGUCAGACAUGAAGCAGAGUAAUGUGCACUUCAAAUUAUUCUCGAGCACAUGUUCUCGCAAAGUAGGGGAAUACCUCAAAUCGUUUUCACCACCUGAAGCAGUGCCACGCGGUAGAGCGCGCGCAAUGCAAAAGGUUACAAACCCCGAGCGGAGCAAGGAGCCUGUGGCGCCUGUGCAGCUGACCAUUCAGCCCGUUUUCUCUGGCGCAACGCCUCACGACAAAACAUCAAAGACCUCACAGAUGCUGUAGUUUAUUGUACUGCAAAAGACAUGCUACAAAUAAGCACUGUUCAGUUUCAUUUUUUAUAUUGUGAUAUAUUUCGAUAUCGACUGAUAUGAAAAAAAUAUAUCAUGAUAAACUUUUUCCCAUAUCGCCCAGCCCUAGUCAUGGGUAUCUUCCACAUCUGUGAAAGCUCCAUUAAUACUGAACAAUAUCUACAGGUUUAGGAGCAACAUCUACUGCCUUAUAGACGAUUACUUUUUCAGGAGAGACCUUCAUAUUUUAGCAAGAUAAUGACAAACCACAUUCUUACUGCAGGGAUUACAACAGUGUGGCUCUGUAGUAGAAGAGUCCUGCUGAGAAACUGGUCUGCCUGCAGUCCUGACUUUUCUGGAAUUGGCAUUUGAUUUAUUUAAAGAUGUGGACUCAGAGGUGAAUCAUUUGUCCACAUGUCUUUUUGUUUGAACCAAAACAAGAACUCAUGUUCCUCUUAAUGUGGAGCAGAGUGACUUGUGGUCGUGAUCAGCUGAUCAUGUGACUCUGACAACCACAAGAACCGCAGCGAGGAAGAGACACUGAGGUGAAACACAGAUGAUUAGAUUAUGCGGAAAAGAUUAACCAAGAAAAUUUGAUUUACAUAAAACAUUCGUGCAGAUGUGACGCAGCUGUGGUCUUUAUGAUCAUGCGACUCCAACAAAGAUGCAGCGUCAGCAUUUUUACUCUCUGCCUCACAGCUGAAGCAGUUUUGACCUCAUUUGUAGAUGCAGAGAUGAACUGUGUUCCUGUCCAGAGUCCCACCUGUUUGGUCAUUCUUCUUAUAACUUAGGAAACUUGUUGCUACUGUUUAUAGUUUUUUAGUAUUUAUCUCUGCACUAUUUAUUAUGAUGCAAAAACCAUCUUUUUAUCUGUAUUUUGCAGUAUCUUGAAGCGUCUGGUUGAAUUUGUGAUGGACACGGUCUAUUUAAGAACCACAUCCUCAAAGAAACAGUCAGGACUGAUCUAAAGGCGUUUAUGUUUGGUUUUGGUGUGUCCAAGACCUGGAGGAGGUCUUUGUGUCCGGACUUACGCAGACCUACAAGCAUGUGUUGACCUCGAGGUGUGCAGCAGUUUACUUUUCACCACAGGGCUGACAAACACUGGUGGGAGAGAUGGAAUUUACACUUGGCUUUACUGCAGAGGAACCGGAACGGGAGAGUUUCUUUGUAUAAAAAGCAGACACGAAACAUGAUGUGAUGUGAAAGCAGAAGUUUUUGGACAGAAAGAAAGGAAACUGAAUAUUAAUUUCCUCUUAAUAGCUCCUGGAAGCUUCCUCUGCUCCUGUCCUCUAAAGUUGUAGUUUGAAGUCUUCUUGUUUCUUUAGGUUGUUUAAGUUUGUUCUCUGGGUGGGAAAUGUCCCCCCGGGCAUCAGUACGAACAGUAUCAACAGCAACGUUAUGACCCUCAUUGUUAACGGCACAAACAAGAGCACACCCUGCUCUCUGGAGCUAAACGGGCGUCAUGCUCGCUGUAUUCUGGAAACACCCUGAAAUCCAUCUAGAGCAGAUCAGAUCAGUGAGGCAGAUCUGAGCAAAGAUCACUCACACCCUGCAGAGAUGUAACCACUCUGGUAUUUCUGCUCAUUGCCAUGACAUUUCCAUGAGUGUUUUCUGAUGUUUUAAAUACACACAGUCUUAACAUGCAAAUGUGAUUUGCAUGUUAAGACUGAAGAUUAAGAAAAAGAUCUCUGUACACCUGCUUAUGUGGUGGAUGUGUUGGAAGAGGUUCACCUAAAUUCUUACAGGGAACUUCUGCACAUUGUUUCAUCUUCUACCACACAGUGUCUCCAUUUUUUCACAGAAAUCAAUGAAAAUGUGACAGAAAUUGCAUGCUUUUUCUCCAGAUCCAACACAUGCAACAUGUUGAUCUAAAUUGAAUCUGAAUCUGGACAUCUGUAUGAGAUAUUUGUAAACUGUCCUGAGGUAUUUUCUAUUUUUGGAGUUAUUUUCAGAGUGGAAAUGUGUUCAGCUGCCCUCAUCAGCGUUAAGGAUGAAGUACACACUCAUGCAUUUUUGCUUUUCUUUGAGUAUCUUUAAAUGCUUAAUAUCUUUCUAAUCUGGACAUCCUCGAGGCCAUAAAUGCUCCUCAGAUGCUAUUUGAUCUGUUCCAGUUUGUGUUUCGGUCUCGCAGACGUCUGUAACCUGGUGGUGUGUUUGUUGUGAAGAAUGUAGAGGUUCAUUUCUGCAGCAUGUCGGUCUAACUGGUUCACUGUGUUCUCUCUGUGUCUCUUACUGAGAGGAAAGUACAUGUCAGUGUUUCAGGCUGCUUUGUCUGCAGAGACACACCCCCUCCUCACUGACUCACUCUCUUUUUCUGCUGUGAGCUCACUGCUUAUCACAGACGCACAAACAGCAAAGACGACAAACAAACAUUCAGCAGCGAUUGCAGACGAGGGAUGCGAAGAGUACAGAAUGUGACGCUGAUUAUCGUCCGUGGAAUAAUUACAGUUUUAUCUUUAAAAUGCGUUUGGUAAUUUUCACAUUACUUGUGCAUAAAGACAGAUGAUUACUCUGCAGAAUUUUUCAGGGUGGUGUUUAUUUCCUCCUUUUGACAUAUUUUGUGUUACACUGACGCCCAACUAUCCUCCCUCUGUGGUCAAUUAUAACUCUUUAUAUCUCAUUUCCACCCAGCUUGCAAUGGUCCUGUCUGUGUAAAUGCAUUGACUACUGCAACUCCUUACUGGCAGGCUUUCCUGUGUGCACAGUCCAACCUACACUCUGCUCCUGAACGGCAGCCUGAUCAAAUUCGCAAGCAUUAUAAUCAAUGUGCGUGAUUCCGCUGCGGAUCCACUCUGGCGGUCGGAUCAGAUACGCAAGGCCCCUAUUUUUACCAGACGCUGCAGCACAACGCAUCAAUUCAGUGUAGCGGCAGUGAAAGUUGUAUGUGGCACAGAGUAAAAUAUCAAAUUUUCAAAAUAAAAUAAAGUCAAUACGUUGAACUGUUCUUCACGUGAUAAUAGGAGGGGCCAGGGUUGUGGGAUGUGGGUGUUUAUAUAUACCACCGAUCUCCUUCAUUGUCUCACGGUGAAACACGCAAGAUCUCGUGAGAUCUCGUCCAGUCUUGUGAGAAAUAUCAGUAAUAUCGCAAGCGCUUCUCGUCCGCUUUUGGAGGUAUGCUUGCGUUUUUGAUCCACCUGCCAUUCUGAAGUGUAGCGGGUCUGCAUGCGUUGGAAUCCCGGCAUAAGGGUCCUCUUUUACUUCUGAGCCAACGCGGUGCCAGUUAUGUUGAACAGCCGAGUAAUCAGUCACCUUUGCUUUGAUUUCGCCCCUGCUUUCUGCUCUGAAUGACCAGGAUUUACUAAAGGAGCAUCUUGCUGUUUAUAUGCAUGACUUCAUACACUCAUGCAUGACUUCUGAGGAAAAUGGAUUCUUGCUUUUGGAGGUGGAGGUGGGAGAGUUUUUGUGGAGGAGAUGAUUUACGAGGGUUUCACUCGCUCCUCUCCAGCUCCUCCCUCUCUUCCACAAAACCUCUCACUUUGGGUGGAACUGUUUCAUCUCCCUGUUUUCAUUCUCUUAAAGCUCCACUGUGCUAACGCUGCACUUUUGGGGUUUCAGCUUAAAUUCCUCUCCGAAGGAACGUGGUUUUAGUCUCCACACUGACACAGCAGAUGCAGUUUUUGCUGCUGUACUGACCUUUAUAAUUUACAACCCUUCACCCCACUCCACUCGGAGUCCAGCUACAACCAAAAAACAGCCAUUUUCCUGAGUCAGUGAUUAACCUGGAAGUGUUUCAGCUGAGGAGUAGACUCUGCACACAUACAAAGACUGAAUCUGUUAUUCUUUAGCUUUUAAAUAGCUCAACAUUAACCUCUCCCUCACUGUGCUGCUACAAGCAUUUCCAACAUGUUUCUGUCCUCUGAACAUCUGGCUCUCCGGGCCCAGAGGGAGGUUCAGGUUGCAGCGAUGUGGUCAGAGCAUAAAAACUGGCUGUCCUCCAACUGACCUGCGCAGUGGAGCCUGACUGACGUUUGGAUUUGGAGAGUAAUACAGCAGGCUGUGUGGGGGUCAUAGUGUAAGAUGGUAAAACAGACAGGAAACGAAGUUCAGUCGAAGUUAACAGUUUUAUUUUACACCCUGAAAGUUCAAAUUUAAAAAUCAAAGUGCAAAAAGAGAGUUAAAAAAGUUAUUCAAAACAGCAGAAAUAAAAAAGAGCUCACGUCUCUUUGUCCUCUUUAGAUGCUGAGCACUCUCUCACCAAAGCCCCUUUUUGAGACACAUCUCUGAGUGUAAGUGAUUAAAAAGCACGCCAAGAUUUAUGUCACUUUUUUCUUCCUGCAGCAGUGAAACGGGCUGUGAUGGCUGCAACGUAAUCCUUGAUUUGAUCUGGUUUUUCUCAGUGUGGACUGCUGUGUUCGUAGAAAGGCAUGUGACAGCUGUUCCUGGUUAAAAGUCAUUCUCCCCAUGGGCAAAAAGGUCUACGUCUGCAGGGAUCUGAGGCUCAAAUAUACUGAAAAAGAAAAAAACAGAUUUCCCCGCCUACACAUACAUACUUAAGCCACCCUGUAGCCUAGCAGCCCUGAGAACAUGGGAGAGAAAAGGUCUCUGUGAGUCCACCUGCUGGGUAAACCCUGGUCCCUACAAAAGGAUUUGAGUUUGCUCCUGUGGUGAUGUAAUGGCGGGAACGAUGCAUGCACCUCCUACCCCCCACUCCUCCAGUGAUUUCGCCCUCUCUAAUGCUAGUGCAGUUUAGCUCCUGUGUUUCAGAGUCAAAGGUUAGUUACAGACAUACUGGAUUAACUGCUCUGCAAAACCUGACUCAAAUAUGUGUAAUCUGACCCAGCACUGAUGGACCAAAGAUAUCGUUGCAAACCACUUCACACUGAUUCAGCAGCAGAAUUAGGGUUAACACUCAGAGUAAAUGUACCACUCAAGAAAAUGCUUUUCAACCACAGCUGCAACACUUCAACACUUUCCUUCUUCUGAAUGGGAUCAGGUUCUGGACUGUGCAUGAAGUUAUUGUUGUGUCUAAAACCUGCCCAAAUACCUGAUAACAUAUAAAGAAGAGAAAGACAAUGGUAUAUGCUCGAGGAGAAUGGACAGAGAUAGCAUCAGGUAAAAUCUCAGAACCACUCUGAAAAGUAUUUCCGCCCAGUCUCUUUAUUUAGGGUUGUCCCUGGUUACACAAUGUUUCUAAAGGAUGGGGGAAAAAUAUGUGCAGCAACGUAAGCACUCUCAUAAAACAGAAUAAUGAACAACUGAGAAUAUGUGAAGGUCAAGGCGACAUUGUUGCAUCAAACGAGCUCCUUCUGAUAGGAGCGGAUCCUCCUCUUUACUUCCCACGAUUCACAGUGGAGGAUACAUCACCCAUACACACACACCUGCUGAUAGGAAAAAGACAAGUUCACAGAAAAAUGAAGAAACAUCCAUGUGCUGUGUAAUAAAGCUAUUGGAGAGAGAAGUUAGAAAACACUCUUAUAUGAUGUGUAACAAGAGAUUAAAACAGUUUAUACUUGUAGUAAACUCUUACAUAAGAAUAUGAGGAAUAAUGAUAACUUCUAUAUACAUUUAUGCACAUUAUUCUAACAGGUAUUCUAACUAGAAAUAGGACAGAUACACUUGAGGGACACACUUGAUGUGUAUUUUAAACUCUAUCAUAUAUAAACUGUACAAUGAGGGGUUCUCCUGGAAGGCUCGCCAGUUGUUUAUUUUACUUUCCUAGUCUGAGCCCCUCCUCUUCAGAUAAUACAGUAGCCAAUCAGAGCAAUACCUCAUUCUCAUAGCAGCCCCGCCUUUUUAGAUUACCACAGGGGGAGGCUAAAUAACUGAGAGGCUGCAGAUCCUUCACAUAGGCUGAACUGGUCUGGACUGGACUGAGAUGUUGGACUGUUGAAAUCUGUCUUUCAAGAACUUUCCGUGGACAUGCUCUGACCCACCAAGGAUCACGUUAUGGCCUAUUUACCUACUGCUGUAUGAAACAGUAAAUGUGAUGAAUUACAAACCUGUUUAUUCCAGUUGUUUAUCUAGAGUUCUCUAAACCUGAAGAGUCCAGAUCUGAAGUACUGAUUUUAUUUGAUACAGCUUCUCUCUUUGGUUGAACUCCGAGGAAACAAAAAGGGUUGGAUGAAAAACAAGAAAUGACAUGCUUUUUUUCUUUUCCUCUCCUGCAGCAGUGUCCAGCCGGCUGCUCGCUCCAUCUUCUCGUCCCCUGACGCUCAGGGCCCCUCUCUGGGCUCCUGUCACCCCCACACUCACAUCAUGUUCCUGAAGACCCACAAAACGGCCAGCAGCACCGUGCUCAACAUGCUCUACCGCUUCGGAGAGGAGCGAAACCUCCGCUUCGCUCUGCCGAUUGGAUACCAGCUGGGAUAUCCACUGUCCUUUAACGCUCACAGGGUCAAAGGUUACCAAGGCCCCCGAGUUGUAGAGUUCCACAUCAUGGGAAACCACAUGAGGUUCAACAAGCUAGAGGUGAGCUGUGAAGAAGAGAAGAGAGGAGGGAUGAUGAUAAUCUGUCAGAAAGGAUAAAUGUCGGUACUGUCUUUCUCUGCCUGCUAUCCUCUGUUGACUUAGACCGUGAGACAAAAUGUGCAGAAAAUUCAUUGAAAGGUUUCUGAUAUUUGGUGAUUCAAACCACAAAACAUUCUGCAUACAGUUUCUGCUCUGAAUUAGAUCUUAAACGCUCAGUGGAGAUAAAUCCAGUUGGAGGUCGUGGUGUACGACAGUAAUGACACACUCCACUGUCUCUGUGUUUUGGUGUUUGAAAUCACAACAGAGUAAGAGUACAUUCAUUUGUUUAGGCACCACAACAUGUAGUGAGGUAGAGUGGAAAGCUGCAUGCAUACAUCUUUGUUAAAGGGAUAUUCCAGCGUAAAAUUAAUUUAGGGUCAAACACACCAAAACAGAACCGAACUUCAUCAACAGUACGUAUAGGGUCCAAGCCAAAGCACUAGCUACCAAACAUCUUUUUAGCUUUGCCUAAUUUCUUCAGCAAAGAGACUAAACACAACUCACCUACUCUCUACCAGCAGCCGCUUGUUUGUAGCAAGACCUCAGGCCAGUCCAUUACGGACUACAGCGGGGUGACGCAGCUCAAGGAAGAACAUUUAUGAUCAUUUACUCAUGGAAAUGCAAUCAGACCGAGACGCUGAGGCAGAAGAACUACUACAUCUGCAGUGCAAAAUGAUUAAUAUGGUGAUUAUUGCUUCAAGGAAAUGAUAAAGAAAUGAUCAUAAAUGUUCGUUAUCAGCAGAUUAUGUUGCUGCUCCUACAUGUUAUAAAGUCAAGAUUAUACAUUCUGCUAAAAUGAGGGCUUAGAUUGCCUUUCUUACAGUUUUAAAGUAAAGAACUCCGGUUACCCUCUUUUCUGUCUCAGGUGGAGAAGGUGAUGCCCGCAGACACCUUCUACUUCUCAAUCAUCAGGGACCCCGUGGCACUCGCUGAGUCUUCCUUUGCUUAUUACAAAGCGGUCGCUCCAGCUUUUCAGAAAGCCCAAGGUUUGGGCGACUUUGCAGAUGAUCCUCGAAAAUACUACAACCCCCGUGUCAGUAACAACCACUACGCUCGCAACCUGCUGUGGUUCGACUUCGGCUUGGACCACAACGCUAACUUCUCCAUGGCACUGGCUCAGCGAGGGAGGACCAUGAUCCAACGCACCUUCAACCUGAUCCUGAUCUCCGAGUAUUUUGAUCAGUCCAUGAUCCUGCUCAGGCACGCCCUCUGCUGGCCACUGGAUGCUGUCGUGUCCUUCAGCCUGAACGCUCGGCAGCAGAAGCCCCGCAGCAGUGAGGGGCUUGGGGGAAGCUGGAUGGGUAAAGCAGCAGCAGCGGCAGGUGUCGGAGGAAGAGGACGAUUACCAGCAAGGUCACUUCCUAAUCUAUCACUGACGGAGGAUCAGCGAGAGAAGCUGCGACAGUGGAAUGCCUUAGACUGGUACUUAUACAAGGCCUUCAACAAGACCUUCUGGGAGAAGGUGGAGAAGUUCGGCCAUGCCCAGAUGGAGCAGGAGGUUGCUCUCCUUCGGACGCGGCGGGAUGAUCUGGCUCGGGUUUGUCUCAAGGACGGAGGGAAGCCUGUGGAGGCUCAGAGGAUCCGAGACAGGAACAUCAGACCCUUCCAAAGUGGGUUAGUGAAGAUCCUGGGCUAUGAGCUGCAGCAGGGGCUUGAUAACGCUACCAGGACGGUGUGUCUGAGAAUGAUCCGGCCCGAGAUUCAGUACAAAGAUGUGCUGGAUAGUAAACAGUCCCCCCGGGUGGCCCCAGCAGGCCCUGCCCCAGCGGUCCCAGCUCCUGUCCAGGCAGGGCAGCAGGGCCCGGGUCUGAUAGGAGCAGCUGGAAGGUCUUUUUUAAGACCUGACUCACCCAGGACAGCAGAGAGGCUGGCUGGAGGGGAGGCGGGGGGGAGGACAGUGGAGGAGGGGGGGAGGGACUGGGACGGAAGCCGUUUAAAAAAAAAUAACCAGACAGUUAUGGAGGAGAAAGGACGGCUCAGAUAG